AUGCCUCCAUCAAUCGCACUGCUGGCUAGAGAGNNGCCUAAGACCGACCUUGCCUCUCUUGAGGCGAAGAUCGAAUCAAACAUGAAGGAAAUUGUUAAUCUCAAGGUAAGGCUGCUGUCCGAUGUCCUACUACACAUCCAGUUGUUGACCGUGAACAANCGCGAACAGCGCAACCUCUCCCAGAAGCUGGAGUUUCUACAAGAAUCCAACCAGGACCUACUGAAGAAGCUGAACGCCGUCAAGUCCGACAACUAUAUCCAGGAGAUCAACAGCUUGAAAGCCGAAAAGCAGCUCCUGCAGCCAGACUCGGGCAUCUUCAGUGGCCAAGACGCACCAGACUCGACACCGUGCGUAUCGAUCCAUCACUCGAAUCAAUUUUGUACUCGCCUUACCCGCUGGCAGNNUACUCCCAGUAGCAGGACCGUCCCACCACCCAGCUCCGCAACCAACAAGCGCAAAACCGUUGUUGAUGAGCGAACGCCCUCGCUGGUCCCAAACCACAAUCUCGAACCCGAAUUGGCUGCUGAUAGACUCAAGAUUAAUACAGUUAUCGAGCAUCACUCCAUCGCAGAUACUGGUAAAUCCAAUGCUAGUACCAACGCAGUCGACGAGUGCACCACUAUCUGGCUGAACUCUGAGAACUUCGAACUGGAAAUUGCCGAGGAUGAGAACAAAGCAACUUCCGACGCAUGGAAGAGAGAUGGCGGACGCCUUCGCGAGGCAUGGAGAAAGCAACGUAAAGAUUCCAACAAGAAGAAUUCUGAAUGGUCUGACAGGGCCAAGACCGCUGGCUGUGUUCGUUCUGUGCUAUGGAACCAGAGCAAAUGCUACCUCACCUUGGAAGGUGAAGGCCACUACGCCUGCAAGACUUGUUGGAACACUGGCCAUUUCUGUGUUGCGUGGGAUGAAGAGAAUGGUACNUUCUGGCUGCGCCCACAGGUGCCUGGCGCAAGAACUAAGAACAAGAGCAUCGGUCCGUUCGAUCUUGAGAAGUUCCACUCUAUGAAGACUACCGCAAGCCGUAUCGACUUGCCUGCUUACUGGAGCAAGGAGUUCACCGCUUGA